CUUCGUCCAGUCGAUCAAGUCUCUGCCUGUGCAACGCAAGGCUGUCGCAGAACGGCUGCUCGUGCUUCGGCAAGGGCGAGUUAGCCUCGGCAUCCCCGCGAUUCUGAAUCCUGGGGGCGCGACUCGGCUUUAACACGACGACGGAGAGCUUUAUAGUGCUGAUCGCGCUGUGUUCUUGCUCCAUUAAUUCAGCGCUUUUGUUGUAUUACUUGCCAUCCUUGAGUGUCUGCAUUCAGCAUCUUGUUCCCUGACACGCCUACUCACUUCACCCGCACCUCACAUCAUCCGCCAACAUGGUCGGCCAGAAGCAACCCGUGUACGUCCUCGGCGUGGGCAUGACCAAGUUCAUCAAGCCUCGCGGUAAAGUCGACUACCCGGAGCUGGGCUUCGAAGCCGGCGUCAAGGCCAUGCUCGACGCCCACAUCAACUACGACGAUGUCGACCAGGGCGUGGCCUGCUACUGCUACGGCGAUAGCACGUGUGGGCAGCGCGUCUUCUACCAGUUCGGCAUGACCGGCAUUCCCGUGUACAACGUCAACAACAACUGCUCCACGGGCAGCACGGGGUUGUACAUGGGGCGCAACAUGAUUGCGCACGGGGCCGCCGACUGCGUGCUCGUCGUCGGCUUCGAGAAGAUGUUCCCCGGUUCCCUGCAGACGUUCUUCCAGGACCGGACGAAUCCCACCGCGACCACGAACCUGAUUAUGAAGGAGACCAGGGGCAUCACUAAUGCGCCAGGUGCUGCGCAGUUGUUCGGUAACGCGGGACGCGAGCACAUGGAGAAAUACGGCUCCGAGCUCAAGGACUUUGCGGAAAUCGCCCGCAUCAACCACGCCCACAGCAAGAAAAACCCCUACUCGCAGUUCCAAGACGAAUACACGCUCGACCAGGUCAUGAAGAGCACCAUGAUCCACGAGCCCCUCACAAAACUGCAGUGCUGCCCCACCUCGGACGGCGCCGCCGCAACUGUGCUCGUCUCGCAGGCCUUCCUCGACGCGCGCCCAGAGCUCAAGCCCCAAGCCAUUCUCAUCGCGGGCCAGCGCCUCGCAACCGACACCCCCGCGCUCUUCAACCGCAGCGCAAUCGACCUCAUCGGCUACGGCAUGAGCGAGCUCGCUGCGCGCGAAGCGCUCGCCGAGGCAAACGUGUCCCCCGCCGAAGUCAAGGUGUGCGAGCUGCACGACUGCUUCAGCGCGAACGAGAUGGUGACGAUCGAGGCGCUGGGGCUGGCGCCCAAGGGCAAGGCGCACGAGCUCAUCCGCGCCGGCGGCAUCACGUACGGCGGGCAAGUCGUCAUCAACCCGUCUGGCGGGCUGAUUUCAAAGGGCCACCCGCUCGGCGCCACGGGGCUCGCGCAGUGCGCCGAGCUGGUGUGGCAUCUGCGCGGGUGGGCGAACAACCGGUCUGUUCCUGACACCAAGGUGGCGCUGCAGCACAACCUUGGUCUUGGCGGCGCGGUCGUGUGCACCGUGUACAAGCGCGCUGAUGGGUCUGCGGCGACGGAUCUGAGCGAUGCUGAGGUCGGCAAGGUUACAGGGCUGGGAUACAACCCCGCGACGCAGGCAAAGGGGUGGACCAAGGCGCAGGUUGAUAGCGUGAGGAGUAAGAAGGCGAGGAGCGAGUGGGCGUUGCAGGAUGUAGAGCAGAAGGUUGAGGCGAGGUUUUAGUUAUCUGCCGGUGGGUGUCAGGCGGUGAUGUAGUGUACAAUGUUUCUUACUUACCGAGUGUCUCUGAUAUGUAAUAGGCUUGUCACAUG